AUGAUUACUCGAUCUCGUCAAGCGUCCAUCCAGCCAGAUGAAUCAACGCCCGCAGAGGGUUCUGCCCCCAAGGCGUAUUCCAUGAGCAAAUCAGCUGUAGCGUCAAGGAUCUAUCGCAGUCGGUUUCCGCCUCCUCCAGAGCCAUACAGAGAGCCAGCUGCAUGGGCUCAGCCUACUGGUCGGAGGAAGGCCAAAGGAGCUCGCCGACAACGUGCUCCAACCUCGAUGACGUCUACUACUUCACUCGCGCCGGAACGUCAACGCACCGACAAGAGACGAGAACAAUUGUAUCGGAAUGGUCAAGGGGGAUUCAACGAUCAAGAUAGGAAUUUUAGAGAGGGCUGGGAAGAAUUGAAUCUCGGAGACUCCCACGCUGUGACUCGUCCACCUCGGGGUCGGAGGGACUAUGACCUGUCUCCUGAGCGAGAAAGAGGACGAGAACGCGAGGAAGAAGACGACCAGAAUGCUAGCAAUUUCCAUCACCUUUCUCCGAUUGAUCUCGAUCUCAACCGGCUGUCUGAUAUGGAGAACGGUAUGGAGGGUCCAAAUUUUGAUUUCCCCCCGGAUGACGAACCUCUACCACAUCAUUUGAGGGGACCGGAAAGAGUCGAUGCUCCUCAAGGAGCCUUCACUCCUCGGAUCCUUCCACCGAGCAACUCGCAUGGUCCCUUGCCUUCAACGCCGCAAGAAAAGAUCGGUCAAAGUACGCGUGAUUCUCGACAAACAAGAGACUACCCUCUCACACCGACAAGCUCCCAAGCCGUCGCCAUAAGGUACAUGUACAUGUGA